AAGCAGAGGAACAAACACCCUCCAUUUUUCAAUUCCUCUUGCUUUCUGCAAACACCAAAGCAUGGUCAUCUUCCCUUCUCAUUCUCUUCUGUUUCCUUUUCAAAACAAUUAAAUUCUUCAAUUUCUUAUCCUUCAAGAAAUUCAACACGACAAGAAAAAGAAAAAACGAAAAUCAAACCAUCCAACUUCUCUUAAACAGACAAAACACAGAGUAGUUGAAAGUCAGCUCAUCUACAACUUUUCUUUCAAGUUUUGGAAGAAGAAGAUUCAAAAUCAACUCAUGGGUAGCUUUUUCGUCUGCUAACUGCUGAGCCGGUGGAAAAAUCGAUUUUCCCGAUUGCUUACGGAUCUGUAGUCGUCUACACAGUUCUUUUUUUUUUUUUUUUCGUUUCUUGGAAGAUUAUGGAAAUGGCGGAUAAUCCAAAGUUGGAUUUGGGUUCUUGUCGCUGCGAAGCUGAAGGAUUAGAAGAAAACAUGGGAACCCAGAAAAUUUCUGUUUUGGAUCACAUAAAUGGAUUUGAAUACACAGCAGAGAAAUCUGAUAGCUUUGUGAUUGACAUGGAGAGCUUCUCCCAUGGCAGCAAUAAUAAAGAUAUCAACCCAAAUUCAAGAAUUACAUUGCAGAGAAGUUUUUCCAGAAAAGGGUCUGUGCGCGGCGGCGGUGGAGGCGAGAAGAAGAUUAAUUAUAAUCCUUCUUCUAAUGACAGAGACUCUAUUGUUGCUGCAUCCUCCCCAAGAGUAGGGGCUAGCAUGCCUGAUAAGGCCUCGCAGGUAACGGUUGGGACCACCGAUCAUUUGAGCAACCCACAAGUUCAUCAUCAUAUCACCAUUAACACAACUAGUGUUAACAGCAUGAAUGCCUCAACAGAAAGCAGAUGCACCAUCAGGAGAAACAGUUUCAAGCGUCCUCCAUCUUCAUGGGCAAUUGAUCCCAAAAGGGUUCUUUUCUUUUUCGCCACCUUAUCAAGCAUGGGAACAAUAUUGCUGAUAUACUUCACUCUUUCAAUGGGGAAGCUCAGUGCAGAUGACAGUGCUCUUGAUUGAUAAAAUAACCAUAGCUUAGCCUUCAGAACAAGCAUAGUUUGUUUCUGCGUGCAAUGAGAAUUCAGACAAUUUCAGGAUAUAGAGAGGAGAAAAUGGCAAAAAGCUAACCGACCAUCCACUAAUGUUGGUUCAACAAUGGAGUGCUCAACUUUUUCAGGGAAGUAAUAUUAAAAAAUAUUUAGAGAUGAAGACAAGAACACACACCAUUGUGACAAAGAGAAGGAAUCUUCUCGUUUUAUAUGUAUGGAAGAGGAAAUGUGGUGUUCUCAUGCGAUCCUAAAGAUCUUAGUGGAGGACCAGAGAAUCCUUCCACUCUCUCUUCUACAAUUUUUUAAAAAAAACUUCAACAUCCAUGGCUUGCAUUUAUGUAAUUAGGCCAUUUUUUGAAUA